AUGUCGUACAAUCGCUUGGGAGAGUCAUACGGGGAAGACGACCAUAGUCACUCUCCCAUGAUGAACCCCCAUCAGAUGAACAAUCGGUCCCCGUCACCGGGUCGGCCAUUGAAUGCCUACCAGCUCUCAGAUGUUUCGUACGGGCCACAGGAGCGUCUUCAUAUGCCUUCGAGUGAUUUGCUGGCUGAGCAACCAACGUAUUCAGUGGAGAGAUUGCCAAACUCUUACGGUCAUAACGAAGCCUACGAACAGCGCCACCCGCAACAGGCCUACCCCGGAUAUGAGUAUUCGGUGGAUCCCGAGGCCCAUCACGACGCCUACUAUACGCAACCUUACCAACCUACAGCCACGCCACAUGAUGAUUAUGACUUAGGACAAUACCCCGAACACCAGCACCAGCACUCUUAUAGUGAUGAUCGCAUUCCCAUGCUACAACAAGAUAAUCCAUUCGGACCUGAUCCCUACAGUGAUGAAUACCAGGUGGAAGAGCCUACUGACGGCCACACCCCAGCCCGGCACCCCUCCGACGAUGGAAGACAGUCAAAGAAGUGCAACUGUUCAAUGGUUCCCCACGCUGAGCCUCCGGGCCGUGACGAGUUCACGCAUAUGCGUUAUUCCGCCGCAACAUGCGACCCCAACGACUUCUUUGAGGAGCGCUUCACCUUGCGCCAGAAACUGUUCGCUAAGCCCCGGCAUACCGAAUUGUUCAUUGUGGUAACGAUGUACAACGAAGAUGACUUCCUUUUCGCACGGACAUUGAUUGGUGUAUUCAAGAACAUUGAGCAUAUGUGCUCGAGGACGCAUAGCAAGACAUGGGGCAAGGACGCAUGGAAGAAGAUCGUGGUUUGUGUGAUUAGCGAUGGUCGUGCCAAAAUCAACCCACGAACCCGUGCAGUGUUAGCCGCCCUCGGAGUCUACCAAGACGGAAUUGCCAAGCAACAAGUCAACGGCAAAGAUGUGACAGCACACAUCUACGAAUACACCACUCAAAUAGCUCUCGAGCUGAAGGGAACCCAAGUUCAAAUCAAAGGACGCUCAGCAGUUCCCGUGCAGAUGAUUUUCUGUCUGAAGGAAAAGAACCAGAAGAAGAUCAACUCCCACCGCUGGUUCUUCCAGGCAUUUGGCCGAGUUUUAGACCCCAAUAUUUGCGUCCUUCUUGAUGCUGGAACGAAACCUGGAAAGGACUCCAUCUAUCGUCUCUGGAAGGCAUUCGAUGUCGAGCCGAUGUGUGGAGGGGCUUGUGGUGAAAUCAAAGCCAUGCUGUCGCAUGGAAAGAAACUGCUCAAUCCCCUGGUUGCCGGUCAGAAUUUCGAGUACAAACUGAGCAAUAUCCUCGACAAACCCAUGGAAUCCGCGUUUGGAUUCAUUAGUGUGCUUCCUGGUGCAUUUUCGGCGUACCGAUAUGUCGCAUUGCAGAAUGAUAAGAACGGCCAAGGUCCAUUGGAGCGGUAUUUCCUGGGUGAAAAGAUGCAUGGUGCCAAUGCCGGUAUUUUCGCCGCCAAUAUGUACCUGGCUGAGGAUCGUAUUCUGUGUUUCGAAAUUGUCACCAAGCGUAAUUGUCGCUGGCUCCUGCAUUAUGUGAAGUCUUCUUCUGGCGAGACUGAUGUUCCGGAUCGGAUGGCCGAGUUCAUUCUUCAGCGCCGUCGGUGGCUGAACGGCAGUUUCUUCGCCGCGGUGUAUGCGAUCGCCCAUUUCUAUCAGAUCUGGAGAAGCGACCAUUCGGCUAUUCGGAAAUUCAUGUUACUCAUCGAGUUUAUCUAUCAGACCAUCAACAUGCUGUUCGCUUGGUUUGGCAUCGGUAACUUCUUCUUGGUUUUCCACAUUCUCACGACAUAUCUCGGUCAGAAGGAUCUCCUCGGCACCACUGGUAGAGUGCUUGGGGUGGUUUUCGAAUGGCUGUAUCUUGCAACACUGGUAACGUGCUUCGUCUUGGCCUUGGGUAAUCGGCCGGGUGGGUCCAACAAAUUCUACAUGACCAUGGUCUAUUUCUGGAUUGGCAUCAUGAUUUACCUGGCAUUUGCUUGCAUUUUCGUCACGGUGAGAUCGAUCCAAACGGAGGUGCAGCAGAAUGACUUUACCUUCACGGAUCUCUUCACCAACUCCACGUUCUUCACGAUCAUUGUGUCCUUGGGCUCCACGUAUGUCAUGUGGUUUGUGGCAUCGAUCAUCUUCUUUGAUCCCUGGCAUAUGUUCACCUGCUUCAUCCAAUAUAUCUUGCUCACUCCGACGUAUAUCAACGUGUUGAACAUCUACGCGUUUUGCAAUACUCACGAUAUCACAUGGGGUACAAAGGGUGACGACAAGGCGGAAAAGCUGCCCUCCGCGAACCUGAAGCCGGGCGGCAAGGUGGACGUCGACAUUCCGCAAGAUGAUGGCGAUCUGAAUGCCCAGUACGACUCAGAGUUGGCCAAGUUUGCUGAGAAGCCACCCAAGGAAGUACAGGUUGUCUCGGAAGAAGAACGGCAGGCCGAUUACUACAAGGGAUUCCGAAGUGCGGUCGUGCUGGCAUGGGUAUUUUGCAACUUUGCUCUGGGGGCCGUCGUGCUCAGCGCAGCUGGCUUGGACCGCUUCGACGAGAACGAAAAGACCAAUGAAGGCUCGAACCAACGAUCCCAGAUCUACAUGGCUGUCGUCCUCUGGAGUGUUGCCGGAUUGUCUAUCUUCAAGUUUAUCGGAGCAAUGUGGUAUUUGGUUGUACGAAUGUUCCGCGGUGCUUAAUGAUGGUCAAUGUUUCCCUAUGCGAAUGAUGUUUUUUUGGGGUACC